AUGGCUGCCAGAUCCCGUCUUCCCCUCAUUGCCGGCCUCGGUGCCGCCACCUUCGGUGGUUACUACAUGUACAGAGCUGGUGGCUCUCCCAAGGUUGCCGAGAAGCAGAUGGAAGCCGACGCCGCCCGUCUCUCGUCAUCAGUAAAGAACGAGCUGCCCGGCAAGGCCAAGGAGCUCAAGACCGACGCAAAGGUCUACGGCGAGCAGAUUGGUCAGAAGAUUGACAGCGCCGUCAAGGACGCCCGUGACAAGACCCGCGAGUUCGACGCCAAGUUCGAGACUUACCGCGCCGACGCCGAGAAGAACAUCGACCAAUACAAGAACAAGGCCAACAAGGAAUUUAACAGCGCCGUUGACACCUUCGACAAGAAGGUCGGUGAUGCUGCCGCAAACGCAAAGGCUUCAGUCGAGGUCAACGCCGAGAAGGCAAAGAGCGGCUUCUCAAGCUGGUUCGGCAGCAGCAAGUAA